UAAAAUAAAAUCAUUCUAGAAAAAUGGAACAAUUUAAGGGUCUGAAAAAAUCUCUAUACAUUUGGACUGAAAGCGACGAUCUGGACAAGCGUGUGGAGCUGCUGAAAGACGCCACCGAGGGCGAGGUGGCUGUGGAAAAUGUGCAUCGCCUUUCUUUUUCCUCCUACGCCAACUCCAGCUUCGACCUGAUUGUCAUUGAGUGCGCCCAGCUCACCGACAAUUACGUAAAGCUGCUGCACAUGCUGAAGCCCAGCGGAAAACUCCAUUUGUUUUCGUUCAUUGGCACUGUCGCCAGCUUAAUGCAGGAAAUCAAACUCUCUGGUUUCAUCAACUGCAGCGAGGGUCCCGAUGCUCUGACAGCAGAGAAGCCCGGUUACGAAACUGGCUCCUCGGCCCGCCUCUCGUUUGCCAAAAAGAACGCCAGCGCUCUGAAUGUGUGGAAAAUCAGCGGCGACGAUGAGGAGCUGAUCGAUGAGGAAGAACUGCUGGAUGAGGAGGACAAACUGAAGCCAGAUCCGGCUGUUCUAAAAGUCUGCAGCACCACGGGCAAGCGCAAGGCCUGCAAGAAUUGCUCCUGCGGCCUUGCCGAUGAGCUUGAGAGGGAGAAGAAAGCCACAACGGCCACUGAAAAUAUCAAAUCCAGCUGCGGAAGUUGCUACCUGGGCGACGCUUUUCGCUGUUCCACCUGCCCCUACCUAGGCAUGCCUGCCUUCAAGCCGGGCGAGAAGGUGCAGCUGGCUAAUAAUCUGCUGAAGUCGGACAUUUAACUUAAGGGACCCCCCACAGCGCACAGUCAAUCACAUUGAGAAUAGUUUAUUAAGCUGACUUACUAACCAACAAUUAAUGCCUUAUGAAAAUACAAAAAUUAAUCGCGGCUCAAA